ACAGUAAAAUAUUUGAAGUAGAGUGAAUAGCUAGCUUGGUAUUUGCGUUUGAGGUUCCUACUGGUGACCUAACAUUCCAAGACCAACCGAACAAGGAACAAAAAGUAUUCUGCCAUUCAUUAUUAAGCCAGAUUCACAUGGAUCGAGUACACUCUAUCGAAGCCUGUUUCUCAGAUUUUAUGUAGCUAGGGAACGUGCAGCUGGCUAGUUAAAUAUAUGCAAAUAGCCAGGUAGCUAGCAAGCUAACGACAGAAUAAGCAAGGUAGAUAGUUGAUAGAAAAUUACAUGUCCCAUAACUAGCGAGCAAUAUAGUCUAAGGUUAGCUAGCCAUCUAGGUAUAUAGAGUAAGUCAACUCAAGUUCGUGGAUGGUUUCUUUUCGUCUUUUUGGAGGGACUGAGUGGGACACAUCGGAUUAAACUACAUUAAUUUAGCUAGCUGGCGAGCUAGCUAAAUUUGAACAAAAACAUGUCCGGGAGUGAAGAGGACAGGAACGAUUUUGGACCAUCCGAAGAUCGGUCCCUGAUACAAGAUGAGGAGGACAUGGAGGAAGAUAUGUCUGAGGGGGAGGCUCCCAAAGUGAAGAAGAAGAAGAAGGCAAAGAAGAGUCGCGAAAGCAAAGGCAGCAAGAGGCAGAGGCUGCGCAGAGAGGACCUGGCGGGCAGCUCUCCAGAAAUGGCGGAAGGCCCAAACGGGGGAGACGGGGACGAAAGGGACGGCGACGGAGCGGGCCGGUCGGACAGCGAGGGCAGCGACUACACCCCGGGCAGGAAAAAGAAGAAGAGGGCGAGCACAACGAAAGAGAAGAAGAGAGGGACCAGUGGUGAGAGGGAGAGGAGUGCCGCAGUGUCAUCCGGAGGGAAGAGUAAACGGAAGGAGCAGGAGCCAGAGGAAGAGGAUGAAGAGGAGGAUGAAGACAGCCAGGAGCCAAAGAGCUCUUCCCAGCUGCUGGAUGACUGGGGGAUGGAAGACAUCGAUCAUGUCUUCACUCAGGAAGACUACCGUGCCCUCACUAACUACAAGGCAUUCAGCCAGUUUGUCAGGCCCCUCAUCGCCGCGAAGAACCCCAAGAUUGCGGUGUCGAAGAUGAUGAUGGUCCUGGGUGCGAAGUGGCGGGAGUUCAGCACCAACAACCCGCUGCGGGGCUCAGCCAGCGCCACCGCCGCCCUGGCGGCCGCCACGGUCGCUGCCACUGUGGAGAGCAUGGUAGCCAGCGGGACCGAGGGGGGGUCGCCGACGGCGGCACCCGCAGCCACCACCACCACCACCACCACCACCCCCCUGGCCAUUCCCGCGCCCCCUCCGCCAGCCGAACCCCCGGCGACGGCCCCCGUCCCACCCCUGCGAAAGGCUAAGACAAAGGAGGGAAAAGGUCCCAACGCGCGUAAGAAGCCCAAGCCGCCUCCCAAACCCCAGGAGAAGAAGGUGAAGACCAAGAAGGUGGCUCCGCUCAAGAUCAAGCUGGGCGGCUUCAACAGCAAGCGCAAGAGGUCCUCGAGCGAGGAGGACGAUGUGGACGUGGACAGCGACUUCGACGAUGGCAGCAUGAACAGCUUCUCCGUGUCGGACGGCUCCAACAGCCGCAGCAGUCGCUCGAAGAAGAAGACCAAAACCGCCAAGAAGAAGAAGAAAGUUGAGGACGACGCUGAUGGGUAUGAGACAGACCACCAGGACUACUGCGAGGUGUGCCAGCAGGGCGGCGAGAUCAUCCUGUGUGACACCUGCCCCCGGGCCUACCACAUGGUGUGCCUGGACCCCGACAUGGAGAAGGCCCCCGAGGGAACCUGGAGCUGCCCCCACUGCGAGAAGGAAGGCGUGCAGUGGGAGGCGCGGGAGGAGGCGUCGGAUGGCGAAGAGGAGAAUGACGCCGACGCGAGGAUGGAGACGGAGGAGGACGACCACCACAUGGAGUUCUGCAGGGUGUGCAAAGACGGGGGCGAGCUGCUGUGCUGCGACUCCUGCCCCUCCUCCUACCACAUCCACUGCCUCAACCCGCCCCUGCCGGAGAUACCCAAUGGGGAGUGGAUCUGCCCACGCUGCACUUGUCCAGCCAUGAAGGGUAAAGUCCAAAAGAUUCUUACCUGGCGCUGGGGACAGCCACCACCCCCCACACCUGUGCCCCGCCCCCCUGACCUCCAGCCUGACGCCCCAGACCCCGCCCCUCUUGCUGGCCGCCCUGAGAGAGAGUUUUUCGCCAAGUGGAGCAACAUGUCGUAUUGGCACUGCUCCUGGGUUUCUGAGCUGCAGUUGGAGCUGCACUGUCAGGUGAUGUUCCGGAACUACCAGCGCAAGAACGACAUGGACGAGCCUCCAUCCCUGGACUUCGGCGUCGAGGGAGACGAGGACAAGAGCGUGAAAAGGAAGAACAAAGACCCCCUCUACGCCCAGAUGGAGGAGAGGUUUUACCGCUUCGGCAUCAAGAUGGAGUGGAUGAUGAUCCACCGCAUCCUCAACCAUAGCGCUGACAAGAAGAACAACGUUCACUACCUGAUAAAGUGGAGGGACCUGCCCUAUGACCAGGCCACCUGGGAGGCUGAGGACAUGGACAUCCCAGACUACGACACCUACAAGCAGCAGUACUGGAACCACAGGGAGCUGAUGAUGGGAGAGGAAGGAAGGCCAGGGAAGAAGCUGAAGAUUAAGGGGAAGCUGAAGAGGAGUGACAGGCCCCCAGAGAACCCAGUUGUGGAUCCCACGAUCAAGUUUGAGCGGCAGCCGGACUACCUGGACAGCACGGGUGGCACUCUGCACCCCUACCAGCUGGAGGGGCUCAACUGGCUGCGCUUCUCCUGGGCACAGGGCACCGACACCAUCCUGGCCGACGAGAUGGGUUUGGGCAAGACUGUCCAGACCGCAGUCUUCCUCUACUCGCUCUAUAAGGAGGGCCAUUCCAAGGGCCCGUUCCUGGUGAGUGCCCCUCUCUCCACCAUCAUAAACUGGGAGCGUGAGUUUGAGAUGUGGGCCCCCGACAUGUAUGUGGUGACCUACGUAGGCGACAAGGACAGCCGAGCCGUCAUCCGGGAGAACGAGUUCUCCUUUGAGGACAACGCCAUCCGGGGCGGGAAGAAGGCCUCCAGGAUGAAGAAAGAGGCGUCGGUGAAGUUCCACGUGCUGCUGACCUCAUACGAGCUCAUCACCAUUGACAUGGCCAUCCUGGGCUCCAUCAACUGGGCCUGCCUGGUGGUGGAUGAGGCCCACAGGCUGAAGAACAACCAGUCCAAGUUCUUCAGGGUGCUGAAUAACUACCCCCUGCAGCACAAGCUGCUUUUGACUGGAACCCCACUGCAGAACAACCUGGAAGAGCUCUUUCACCUGCUCAACUUCCUCACCCCAGAGAGAUUCAGCAACCUGGAGGGCUUCCUGGAGGAGUUUGCGGACAUCGCCAAGGAGGACCAGAUCAAGAAGCUGCACGACAUGCUGGGGCCACACAUGCUCAGGAGACUGAAGGCCGACGUCUUCAAGAACAUGCCCUCCAAGACAGAGCUGAUCGUGCGCGUGGAGCUCAGCCCUAUGCAGAAGAAAUAUUACAAGUUCAUCCUGACCCGCAACUUUGAGGCCCUCAACACCCGUGGAGGUGGCAACCAGGUGUCUCUGCUCAACGUGGUCAUGGACCUCAAGAAGUGCUGCAACCACCCCUACCUCUUCCCUGUCGCUGCCAUGGAAGCGCCGAAGAUGCCCAAUGGCAUGUAUGACGGCAGCGCCCUGACCAAAGCGGCGGGAAAGCUGAUGCUGCUGCAGAAGAUGCUAAGGAAGCUGAAGGACGACGGCCAUAGAGUGCUCAUCUUCUCCCAGAUGACAAAGAUGUUGGAUCUGCUGGAGGACUUCCUGGAGAACGAAGGGUACAAGUAUGAGCGCAUCGACGGAGGCAUCACCGGAGGGAUGAGGCAGGAAGCCAUCGACCGGUUCAACGCCCCCGGAGCACCUCAGUUUGUCUUCCUGCUGUCGACGAGGGCGGGAGGCCUGGGUAUCAACCUAGCAACCGCCGACACGGUCAUCAUCUACGACUCCGACUGGAACCCCCACAACGACAUUCAGGCAUUCAGUCGAGCUCACCGUAUCGGUCAGAAUAGGAAGGUGAUGAUCUACCGCUUCGUCACCAAGGCCUCCGUGGAGGAGAGGAUCACUCAGGUAGCGAAGAAGAAGAUGAUGCUGACCCACUUGGUGGUGCGGCCCGGGCUGGGCUCCAAGACGGGCUCCAUGUCCAAGCAGGAGCUAGACGACAUCCUCAAGUUUGGCACCGAGGAGCUCUUCAAAGACGAGAUCGGGGAGGGGGACAAUAAGGAGGAGGACAGCAGCGUGAUCCACUACGACGACAAGGCCAUCGACCGGCUGCUGGACCGGAACCAGGACGCCACGGAGGACACGGAGAUCCAGAGCAUGAACGAGUACCUCAGCUCCUUCAAGGUGGCCCAGUACGUGGUGAAGGACGAGGAGGAGGCGGAGGAGGAGGUGCAGCGGGAGAUCAUUAAGCAGGAGGAGAGCGUGGACCCGGACUACUGGGAGAAGCUGCUCAGGCACCACUACGAGCAGCAGCAGGAGGACCUGGCCCGCAACCUGGGCAAGGGCAAGCGCAUCCGCAAGCAGGUCAACUACAACGACGGCUCGCAGGAGGACCGAGGUAGUAGACGGGAUUGGCAGGAUGACCAGUCGGACAACCAGUCGGAUUACUCGGUGGCUUCCGAGGAGGGCGACGAGGACUUUGACGAGCGCUCAGAGGUGAACUCUCGCAGACCCAACAGGAAGGGACUGAGGAAUGACAAGGACAAACCGCUGCCCCCCCUGCUGGCCAGAGUGGGAGGCAACAUCGAGGUGCUGGGUUUCAACGCGCGGCAAAGGAAGGCUUUCCUGAAUGCAGUGAUGCGUUAUGGGAUGCCGCCUCAGGACGCCUUCACCACGCAGUGGCUGGUCAGGGACCUGCGAGGGAAGUCUGAGAAGGAGUUUAAGGCGUACGUCUCCCUCUUCAUGCGGCACCUGUGCGAGCCAGGCGCCGAUGGGGCGGAGACCUUCGCCGACGGCGUUCCCCGGGAGGGGUUGUCCCGGCAACACGUGCUCACUCGCAUAGGCGUGAUGUCGCUCAUCAGGAAGAAGGUGCAGGAGUUUGAGCAUGUGAACGGCCAGUGGUCCAUGCCCUGGAUGAUGGAGCUGGAGGAGAGCAAGAAGGCCGCCGCUGCUGCCGCCGCCGCUCGCCCCGACUCCCCAGGGAACCCCAAGACCCCGUCCACUGGAACCCCCGCCGACACCCAGCCCAAUACCCCUGCCACAGCCCCCAAAACGCCCUCCACCGGCACACCCGCAGACACGCAACCCAACACGCCCGCCGCAGAUGAACCCGCCAAGUCUGAAGAAGCUGCGAAAGAAACUGAGAAGGAGAAGGAGGAGAAGAAUGGAGGAGGAGAAAAGGAGAGCAAGGAGUUGAGCAAGACUGAAGAGCCAGAGGUCAUUGCGAUCCCUGACGAUGAAGAGAAGGCAUCCCCCUCUCCCGAGAAGAAAGAGAAAGAGAGCGAGGUAGCGGCGGACGCCCCGGAGAAGGAUGCGGGCAACGGAGAGGUGGAGAAAGAGAAGGAGAAAGAGAAAGAGGGAGAGAAGGAAGAGAAAACUGGAGAGGCGGAAGAGAAGGGCUCCCCCGCUGAGGCCAAGCCCGAGGGGUCCGACGGCAAACCCGAGGAGUCCGGGGUCAAAGCAGAUGACAAGAAGGAAGAGAAAGAGAAACCUGAGAAGAUGGACACCACUCCCCCUGCGGAAGAAAAGAAGGAAACGAAAGAAGAGAAGGAGGGCGGGAAGGCGGAGGAGGCCACCAAGCUGCAGAACGGAGAGAGUGUGAAAGAGGGGGCGGCGGGUCAGAGUGAGGAGAAGAAGAAGGCGGGGAAGCAGAGGUUCAUGUUCAACAUCGCGGACGGAGGGUUCACAGAGCUCCACUCCCUGUGGCAGAACGAGGAGAGGGCCGCCACCGUCACCAAGAAGACCAACGAGAUCUGGCACCGUCGCCAUGACUACUGGCUGCUGGCCGGCAUCAUACAACAUGGCUACGCGCGCUGGCAGGACAUCCAGAACGACGUGAAGUACGCCAUACUGAACGAGCCCUUCAAGGGCGAGAUGAGCCGAGGGAACUUCCUGGAGAUCAAGAACAAGUUCCUGGCGAGGAGAUUUAAGCUGCUGGAGCAGGCCCUGGUGAUCGAGGAGCAGCUGAGGAGGGCCGCCUACUUGAACAUGUCAGAGGAUCCCUCCCACCCCUCCAUGGCGCUCAACACGCGCUUUAGCGAGGUGGAGUGCCUGGCCGAAUCCCACCAGCACCUCAGCAAGGAGUCCAUGUCCGGGAACAAGCCCGCCAACGCCGUCCUGCACAAAGUGCUGAAACAGCUGGAGGAGCUGCUCAGUGACAUGAAGGCAGAUGUCACCCGUCUCCCAGCAACCAUUGCCCGGAUACCGCCUGUCGCCGUGCGCCUGCAGAUGUCAGAGAGGAACAUCCUGAGUCGCCUGGCCAGCAGGGGCCCUGAGACGCAGACUCAGCAGGUGUCACAACAGUAGCCUGUCUCAGGCUCCACCUCUUAACUCUUCGCCUCCACAUUCCUGAUUGGCUCCUGGAUGAUGACGUGACACCCAAGCUUCUUGAAGCCAUACCCCUUUUUCCUGUCCAAGGACAUGCUGUGUCAGUAGGCUGAUCCCUGGAGGCAGUGAAAAUGAAAGCAAUUUUAUUUUUUGUUUUUUUUUAUGUUUCUUCCUUAUUAUUAUUAAUAUUAUUAUUAUUGUUAUAUCGUUAUGAUCUUUUUUGGGGACCUCAAAUAAAAAUGUAAUAAUAA